CAAUGAAGUGCAUGUCCGGGUUAAAGGUUGUUAUUCACCUAACCCAGCGUGAAACUGGCUCUUGAAUGUUAAAUUAAAGAAGUGUCAAACUGUCAAAGUCAAAGAGCUCCCAGAAAGAUGCUUUUUGUUUUGGUGUGAAUAAAAACAAUUUAAAAUGCAAGAAGAUAGUGAAAACGACCCAGAUGGGGUAACGUCUCCAUCCCCAACAGAAGGUAAUUUCUGUUCAGGCUGCCUUAAUCUUCUUGAUGAUGAAGAGUUCAUCUCCGCCUUGGGUCAGGAGUGGCAUAUGGACUGUUUUCGAUGCUCUGCCUGUGAUGCUGCCCUAUCAAAUUGGUAUUUUGAAAAAGAUGGUCUCUUAUUUUGUAAAGAUGACUAUUGGAGCCGGUAUGGGGAGGCUUGUCAACAGUGCAGUCAGGUUAUAACAGGUCCAGUAAUGGUUGCAGGAGAACACAAAUUUCACCCAGAAUGUUUUUGUUGCGGCUCCUGCGGGGCUUUUAUCGGAGAUGGCGAUUCUUAUGCUUUGGUCGAAAGAUCCAAACUUUAUUGUGGACGUUGUUACAAAAGGCAAAUGCAACCGUUGCAAAAAACAGCCAGAUUUCCUUUUGCCAGGAAGCCUCAUUCUAUCAGGUUGGUAGAAGUGCCUCGAGGACAAAAGGGCAUUAAACUGUCUAGAGAUGUAAUGCUAUCAGAAAAUAGCCAGUGUUUUACUAUAUCUGAGUUAAUAUGGAAACUACAAGGGAAACUUCUGCAGGUGGCUUUUGCAUUAUUAACUUCAGCUUUUAACCUUUGCUGCUUUAAGAUUCCUUUUUAUAGGCUGGACGUGAACAAUGACUUAAUGUCUCUCCAUAUCGGAGAUAAAAUAUUAGAAAUUAAUGGCAUGCCAGUGAAAGACACCCCGAUCGAAAACGUUGAAAACCUCUUAAGAUACUCUGAUACGGUUUUACAACUCACAAUUGAACACGAUCCAGACUCAGUGUCUCGCAGAAUCUCCCAAUUGACUAAUUUGUCCCCAAACAGUCCCUUGACCACAACCAAGAGUGACACCAACAUUCCAGUCAAUAAAAACAUUCCGUUAGACCUAAAGUCUUUUGGGUCAAACGAUUCUGUUCAUAAUGAAACCGCUAAGAGUAACGAAAAUGUCACUUUGGAGGGUGGAAAGGAAAAUAAUAAGGGACAUGUCCGGGGCGAAAACAAGGAGCGACUCUAUAAGAGGAAAGAUGAGGGUUACAUGAGCGGUACCAGAUCCAGACAAUUGAGGCGCAAGAAUCAUUUGGCCGAUAAAGAUCCUACUUUAGAUAAAGAAAGGAGCUCUUCUAUGAGUAGAUUACUUGAUGAAGCUCCAAACUCAAAACGAUGCCUUGAACUGUCGCGAGCUUAUUCGUUCCUGGAAUCCAGGCCUCCCCAAAGGGUGUUUAGGGCUUCGGAUUUGGUCAAGGGUGAACUGCUCGGGCAAGGGUUUUUCGGGCAGGUUUUUAAGGUGACAACCAAGGAUACCUCAGAGGUGAUGGUGCUAAAAGAAUUGUACAGGGUGGACGAGGAAGCACAGAAAAAUUUCCUUAAAGAAGUUGCUGUACUAAGGUCCUUACACCACAAUAACGUGUUAAAGUUUAUCGGGGUACUUUAUAAGGAACAGAAAUUGCAUUUAGUUACUGAAUAUAUUUCUGGUGGUACUUUAACGGAACUCCUGCAUGACUCCUCGCAGCCCCUUCCGUGGGAGCAAAGGGUUUCGUUUGCCAAAGAUAUUGCCGCUGGAAUGGCCUAUUUGCAUUCCAUGAAUAUUAUUCAUAGGGAUCUAAAUUCACACAAUUGCUUAGUGCGAGAAGACAAAACUGUGAUAGUAGCCGAUUUCGGCUUAGCUAGGAUAAUUUCUCAGGCCACAAGCAGCCUUAGAAGAUCCCCAAAAGGUAAAUUAUCGACAACGAUUAAAGUUUUACAGUGUAUAAAAACGUAUUUUGUUGCAAUAGGUACGAGAAACAGACACGAGCGUAAAAAACGCUACACAGUAGUCGGUAACCCUUACUGGAUGGCCCCGGAAAUGAUGAAAGGCAACAAAUACGACGAGAAAGUCGACGUGUUCAGUUUUGGCAUCAUUUUGUGUGAGAUUAUCGGUCGGGUCCAAGCUGACCCGGAUUUCUUGCCCAGAUCCAACGAUUUCGGUUUAAAUCAGGUGCAAUUCAAGGAUAAAUUUUGCCAGAAUUGUCCGGAGCCUUUUUAUAAAAUUGUGUUUUUAUGUACCGAUCUGAAUCCGGAUAAAAGGCCUCCCUUUGAGGUGAUGGAGGUGUGGCUGGAGUCGCUCUCGAUGCAUUUGGCUGUGGGGAUGCCUUUGCCUCCCGACUUACUUUUUGAUAUUCAACAUUAUAGGGGUUUGAGUCCCAGCAGUUCUGGCAGUACUACACCCGAAGGUAUUCCAUCGGGACACCGUAGUCCUGCCCUAGAACCGAUCACCGAGGGCAAACCAGCGGAUAUAGUACAAAAGUCCCAACCGGAAAAGAAACUGUUAACUAUAGACCAUAUAAAGCCGAUCAUAAAAGUGUCCUCGGCCGAAAACAUUCCUAAUAAAGGGGAAAAAUUACUGAAGCCGAUUAUUAAAGUCUCUAGCGCGGACAGUAUAGACGAUAACUGUGAUACUAACCUUAAGAUGAAGCAUUUUGAUUGUAGACCGAACUUAUUCGACGCUAGUACAAAUAUCCAACCCGCUUGUCCAACUUAUGAAAAUUUAGAAUUUUUAAGGAACGAUAAAGUGUUCAGUAAGGAUAACGAAAAGGCGGUUUGUACGAAAAAUCUUGUCCAGUUCAAGCCAAAACCUCAGGAGAAUAAUUUAAAAACAAAUAGAUUUAACGUGGAUUUGAGAGUGGUACCUAAAAACUUUACCAGGAACCGUUUUGCCAAAGAAGAAGAACCCAAACAGAAAACCGUUUUAUUAGCGAAGCAAAGCAACUUACCUAAAGUAAACAAUUUAAGCUUGGAUAGCAUGAACGCAGCCACGAGUCCUGUAACGGAAAAAUUCUUUUACAGCAAACAAAAUAACGAGACAAACGAAUUGAGAAAAAACAUGUUUUCGUCAGAAUUUUCAAGAAACCUUCCUGAAAGAUACAGUUUACCUAGAAGAAGGUACACUAGGGACUGUGACGACGGUCCCGUAUUAAGACGCACCCCUCUACUUCAACGCAAAGCUACUGCAAACAAUGAACCUUCAGCGAAAUUCGAAGAACCCUCAGGAAUCCUAGCGAAGGUGCUCCGAAGAACCCCGAAACUUCAAAGGAAAAUCUCAGAAGACUCCGAACUGAAAUCCCCACAAAUAAUCCUGAAUAAAACUCCCUCGCCAUCAACCAGUGGCUUCAAAUGUGCGAGCAGUAACGUGGUGAGGAAUAUCGUGGAUAGUUUUAAUAAGAAAAGUGGCGGGUUAAGUUUCGGUAACAGGGGCGGGUACGGGAGGAGUUCUCUACAGAUCAGUGGCAGUCCGAAAGUUAAUUUGAAAGGGGUAAGGGGUGGGUUGGAUAACGAAUUUACUCCUCUAUAGUAACUCUAUAUGGUAAGUUAUGUAUGUGUCUUGGAACUUUCAAGGUAAAUAGAGUGCUCUCUAUAGUAAUUUUUAGUAUUAUGGCGAUUUUUUAAUGUAGCCCAUUGAAAGUGGAAAUUAACCGCAUAAUAAUUAAGGGCAAACCAUUUUUCGACACAGUUUUGUGAUUCUUGUGCCUGAGAUGCUUAAUCCGAGUUUCCAACUAAAAUGUUGUGAGAAUCAUUUAUUCUUCUUAGUUUAUUUAAUUGUUUCUUAAUAGUUGCAUAAUGUUUUAAUGUACAAUCAAUUUUAAAGCGGCUCCAGUAUGGUGGAAAAUUAUAAAGUCAACAUAGACUUAUAUGAUUAUAAGAUCUAAUCAUGUAAGAUCUAUGUCUAGGUGGUUCUGAUAUACCCCGUUUAAAUAUUGAUUAUAUUUUUUAUACAGUGUGUUAAGGGUCCGAUUUCCGUUACUUUACCCACGUGUUGUACGUCCAAUUUUAUCGACAAAAAAAAACAAUAAAUGGGGGCCGCACUCUUCACCUCUCUGAAUGAGGGCGUUAAUGUCAACGUUUUAUUUUUCGAAUUUUUACGAGUUCACUGAAACUCAUUUUUCUGGGCCUGGUUUUUAAGGUUAAAGCAUAAUAACUGAAACAAUGCCCUUUACCACAUUUUUCGUCAAAAUAAGUUUUUCGUUUAUUUUUUCAAUUUUUUUUCCUUUAAUUAUCAACGUUUUGGCUUAUAUUAGGCCUUCUUCAGAGCAAACAGAAAAAUCAAAGCUUUUUCGUUAAAUUGCGAUAAAUGGAACAUAGCUGUGUCAAAUGAAUGCAUUUGGUUUAUUGAGGAUAUAUACCUGUUGUGUGUAAAUAAUAAUAUUUCGUUUAUUAAUUUGAGUAAUUUCUUAGUAAACGUAGUUUUAAAACCUGGUAAGUUUAAUCACCUUUAAAAUAAGACCACUUUUAUGCAUGUGCAGGGCAGUAUUAAAAGUAUCGGAAAUCGAACACACUAUUAUAAUAAAAAAUUAUUUGAGUAUAUUUCCUGUUUUUUGACAGUAAACUAGUGCAACAUCUUCUCAUUUCUUUUGGGGACAUUGAUGGCUGUUUUCGUGCAUCUUCAUUGUUGCACUUCUUUGAUGACGUUUUCAUUUUAAAAUCUGUAGUUAGCUUUGAAUUGUCUCUCUUCUCAUAAAGGUAGUCUCAACUCUUCCAAGAAAAAACGUCGCUUCAUCUAUCGAUCCACAUGAUUGUUUGCAUUAAAAAUUACCAGAACAUUAAUUGGAGACUACAGGGGAAGAACGAUCUAAGUCACAUUUUUAUAUUUUUGAGAAAAACGAAUUUGAAAAAAAAAAUAAUUGAAGAUUCCUUCUCUUCGGUGUACCGAGAAACGAUCCAAGUCCACAAGAAUUAGGUUUGAACGCCGCUAUAACAAGAAUACAACAUUACUAAGGACCUUAAUAUUUGACCGUUGUAGCUUACCUUCAUUCCGAAGUAGCGCGUCAUGUUUGGCACGGACAUUAUAAUAGACAUUGGUAUUGAUAGUUACUUUUGCUGAAAAAGAAAUGACCUUAUUAAUAGUAGAAAAUAUAUAUCCUAUUAUUAGCAUGAUAAGGCAAAUUAGUGUAGUAGAUUUGUGACGUUACAUCUAUAAACUUCUCAAGUUCCUGCAGUUGCUCAUACUUCAACUUGGGUAUAGGAAUGAGGCCAUUGUAAAGUUUGUCCGGUGUUGCAGCCGCUAUGCCUGGCCUUGGGGGUAUUAGAACAAUACUUGACAUAGCUCCAUUGUAACUUUCUCGCAUUUGAAUUGUUCGUGGAUGUUGAUGGCUUAUUAUUAAUUCUUUUAUUGGCCUAGUUGAAAAUGGACAGGUUUUUUUAUAUUGAGGGGUGAAAAAUUUUGUACAUGCAUGGAAAAUGUCUGUAGUACACUCAAUAACAUUAAAUGGCAUUGGUUUAACCCUGGCACUUUUAAAAACCUCGACCCAUUGGGAUGGAACUUCAACUCUUGGUUUCUGUUUGAUGAGAGCAAAGUCUUUAUCGCACUCUAAGUACGAGUGCCCCCGAAUUGGAAAUGUAAUUUUGAUUUUAUCAAACCUACCUUCUUUAUGGACCAUAUGAGGCGUAUAAUGGUGAAAUUCUUAUUUUGGCCUGCGCAUGAGUCGCAAAAUAUUUCCAAACAUCUAACAGUUUGUCCUAGAAUAUCUUCAUCAGCACCUUUCUUGGCAAUAGUCUCAGGGUAUGUAUAAAAAACAGCCUCAUUGGUUGAGAGCUUAUGAAUAUUAUAACUGACAAAGGUCAAUUGCCUUUUGUAGUAUAUACAUCAUUGGUAGUGAUGUUGGGUGUAGGAAGAUUUUUGGAAAAGUCCAUGGUUAUAGCUUCAAUUGACUCAUUUUUUCUGGACUGUAUUUUAGCUUGUCGCUUUCUAGUAUAGAAAGUAGCUGCUUUAAGUUUAUGCAAUUUAUUUAAAUUUUCCAAACCUUUAAUUUCAUUUUGUAAUUCCAACUGUGCUUCGUUUUCGAUAGUGAGUAGUGACUUCAUUUUAACUAUGUGUUCAUCACACACACUACACGUAUCGGAGCGAGGAUACCCGAAACUAAUAUUAAAAUCUUUGACGAAAAUUUGUCUGUAUGCUUCAUAACUUAUUGGGUCAUUGGGGAAUUUGUCGCCGUUCAUUUUGUGCAUUUUCUUAACGUUGAGCUUUUCAGGAAGGUACAUCUUUGAUGAUUUUUUAAGGCUAUAAUGUGACCUCCUACUUUUAAAAGAUUUUAUGUGGUUACGCACAUUUUCGAUUAACUGAGAGCUCAAUCGGUGAGGGCGAUUCUGAUGUUUCCCUCUCAUAUCAGCAAAACAAUAACCGCCUUUCUUUAGGCAGUCUUUCAUAGUCAUAAUACGGCGAUUGGUAAUCCCGUGUUACGAUAUAAAAGCUUUUUGACAUAGCUCAAUUUCUUCCAUCAUGCCGCCCUCGCAAUCUAGUUUAAUUCUUACUUUAAACGUGUAGGAGUUAUCUCUAAGCCUUGCUGUGUUCUCGUUUUGUCUAGGUCUUCUUCUACUAACAUUCUUAAUCCCGAUUAAGUCGCAUAAAUGGCUGUUUUGACUAUUUCUAUUUUCUAAGCUAUUAAAGUUUUGAAUGAUUUUUCACCUUUUUUCAGCGAAUAUAACCUCAAAACAACGAAAUCUAUUGCAGCCACAUACAUCACUUACACGUCCAAGCUUUAGUCUUUUUUUACUGUUUUUCAAAACACUUAAAUGUAUAUCACUGUCACGGAUGUUAUCAUCGGAUGUUACUGCAAAAUUAUCUUUUUCAUGAUAUCUUAGAGUUCAUUAAAAUUGGUUAAGAAUUAUACAGGAUAUAGUGAUUUAAAUACGACAAUAUUCAUUUGUUUCCCCCACUCUUAGUACUGAUCCAGUAAAAUUUUGGAUUAAACCGAUUUCAUAGAAAAUUUACUCAGCUUUCCAAUGGCGUUAUCAAGUAAUUUUGGCCAAAUUUUAAUUUUUCUUGACUAUUUCUCCUUGAUUGCCAUUUUCUGUUAUGAUUUUUUUUUCCUAAUUGGCGAAGGUCAAAGGUGCUUGAUUCAGCGUGACAGGGUGUCCCACUUAAAAUGGAUACAAGCCCAUAUCUUGGUUGUUUGUUGGCGUACAUUUUGCCCAGGGUAAGAAGUGCAAUACCUCAUAGACGUACGUUUUAAUAGGGUUUGAUAUUUUUCGAUUUAAGAGUAAACUACCUUUAGGACACUAUUUAUUUUAAAACUGUUAUACAGAUUUGAAAUAUAUACAGCCUCCUACCAUAAAUGAAAAAGAUCGCUCAACGAACAACCAAAAUAGUGGCUAGUAUCUACAAGUGGCGUUGCUGACUUGUAGAUACCGCGAUAACCACAAUGAAAUAUUCAAGUUAGUUGUAUAUUAAAAAAUUCUAAAUAUAUAUGCGGCAAAAACUAAAUAAACCAAUAAGAAUAAUAUUUUAGACGCUUAUAUCUUAGUCGGAAAACUGGUAUUUUGCAUCUCAAAAAGACGUUGACGUUGCGUGCCCUAAUUUGUUGACAUAUUAUUUAAGGUCAAUGAGGUAUUGAGUAUUUAGGAUAUUUUUUAAUAAGAUUUGCAUAAAGUAAAACUGAAAUCUCAAUUUUAAAAGUGUGGAGUUUUUUUUUAAGUUAUUGCCUGCUUUUCGGUAUUUUUUCAGAAUCAGAAAAGUAAAAGUAAGGUUUCGGCACUAUAAUUUACAUGAAAACUUAACCAGGAAAAUUACAUGUAAUUAGAAUAUUGAAAAAUAAGUCCACUUCUAAUAUAUUGGGCUAGUUUACUUACCGAUAUUUGAUUAUUGUAUUAAAGUAAAAAGAACAUAGUAAUUUUAUUGUGAGAACAUAAAUCUAUGAUGGGUGGACAACGCAUUUCAACAUUUAAGUGCUGACGAUCUUACGAAUUUAAGUAUUAUUUAUGGACAUUUAUAGUUUUUUUAUAAAAUAAAUUAUAUUUCAGUAUGAAAGUAUAUGAGUUAUACGAUGGAAUUUACAAUGAGGAUAAGCAGAUAUUGCUUAAAUCAAAAGAAUGGUAUUUGGUGGCAUCACUUUUUUUGGCUAACGUUUUAUCAUUUUGCAUGUGUGCUUUGUCUGUAUCACUAAGAUGAUUAUCUAUUUCCGUUUUUAUAUUUUCUUUGUAAUUCUCAUAGGUCUCUUCAACCACUUUUAUCUGCAUAUGUAAGAUGUAUCAUUUAUGACAUGUUCGGCUUUAAAAGUCGACUUCAGCUUUAAAAUUUCAUCAUACAAUUUUUUUAGCGUCAAACUUGGAGACAGAUACUUUUCGUGGUUCGUCCUUGUGUAAUGUGAUUCGUAAAGAGAAAAGGAUUUAAUGUGAUCAAUUGCUUCUUGCACUCUUUAAGAGUUUGCUAAAGUACUUAUUUUUUGGUUCAUGGUGACCUCUGUAAGCCUUCACAAUUCCGGAUAUUGUGCAUUGAUAGUUUUGAAGAGAAGGGUAACAAUUAUUUGUGUUUCAUCUAACACUUUCAUGAAGCAUCCUUGAACAACUUUAUUUUCCUUCAAUUUUAAAAUAAAAGGAAUAACUAAUAUUGCGAUUCCUUGAUUUAUCUCCACUUUCAAGUCUCUAAGAGUGAAGAACUUUACUUAAAGAAAGCUACCUUCGGGGAUUUUUCUAAUACAUUUCAUUCGAGAAUUUGAAAGAGAGAUUUUAAUUUUUCUUUUGAAAUAUAAACAUAUUAUUGCCAAUAUUGACAAAUAAAGUUACCUUUACUAAACUAUAAAAGAAAGUAAAUGUAACCUUUAGUAAAUUAUGAUGACAUUGCAUCUUCUUCCUAAAAAAAAAAUAAAUAUUAUUAAAAGUACAAUCCUACUAAACCAAAAAAAAUAUAUAUUCUACUGGAAGCCAGGACAGAUGAGCUACUCCUGAAAGUUGUAAUAAUUUUUUAGAAACACAAAAGCACAAAAAAUAAUACUACUUUAAUAAAACAAUAAAAUUAACUUCACCUUUCAUGUUCAAUUAGUUAUAAUACUUUAUGUGAAUUCCUAUCUUCAGGUUCAAUUAUUAACCAACCUAUGAUCUUGUGAUGGUUUACCUUUGGUUCCGUUUUUCUUUUCUUUCAGGCCAAAGUCUAUAAAACUUGACCGAUUGACUGCUGACCCAACAACAUUUUUUUACUGAUGUAGUUUAUUAAAUACCCAUCUCUUUUUAAUAUUUUCCCUCUAUGUGGCUGGCAGCGGUCCCAAAUUCCCUAAGUUUGCGCCCACAAACUCAUCUUCGGAAAGCUAUUAGAACCUUAUGAAUUACUAAUAUUUAACAAGUGUGACACCAGAUAUGAAAGGAGGGAUAAAAAAUACUAAUUUUUGUUUAUAAACAGCAAAGAAGAUUUGUUAUUCUGGCUGACAUUCAUUUUAAAAACGUGUUUUUUAGAUACGAUAAUUGUUCGUUUUAAAUUUAGGUUAUUAAAACCUUACUUUCCUUAUGAACGGAUUUUUGAUAGUAUACUUACAACAUAUUUUAUAAAAUAACUAUUUGCCAGCAACCUGACAGAAACAGGAAGAUCAUCGUGUGAUCUUUUGAGAUGACAGUAGUUUGGUAACAGGUUUUUUCUUUCACAUGCAUCAGGUUCUUUAAAACAUACAUACUUGGCACAGUUAAUAACUGCAAGUUCACAAAUGCAUUCACACAGUUUUCCUUGUAGCACAGUCCAGAGACCACCCUGACUGCCUUUCUUUGAAAAUUCUUUGUGAUUGUGCAAAUUACCCCCAUGCAAGAGUAGUAUGUGAAAGUCUACAGUGAAACAGGCCAAAGUAUGCUGCUCUUAGUGUGCUCAGAGACACAAAAUUUUCCAAGUUCCCCAACUGUUAAUGUGCAUAUCUCAAAAUAGCCUAGAAUCAAUAUGAAUUCCCAGAAACUUAAUACCUGAUGAAAAACUUUCACUGACCAUGUCAUUGAAAUUUAUUUUCUCAACAUUCAAAUGCAAUCUUUCAACGGCAAACAACCAGUACUUAGCCCUCUACUGUAACCUCGAUAAAACUUCCAUAGCAUCUUCUGUAAUAGACGAAUUAAAACGUGACCAAUCUGAUUUCUCAUUUUCUCCUAUUUUUAUGGUCAAACAUCUUUGAUUUAAUAAGAAGAUAUUUGAGGGGGUCAGAAGCCAAGGGGUCCAAGUACCAAAACGUAAAUAUUGAGAAAUUUCAAUUUUAAAUAUUUUUACUUAUUAAAAAAUCUAGAACCCUAAAAUUCAUGAGUUAUGUGUUGCAAAUUUUUUGUUUUGCUUAUACUUAUAAUUUAGGAUGGAUUUUGAAAAUGUUUGGGCUUUAUUUUAUUCACAGGGCCGUACUAUGGUACACGGGUGUUGUAACAAUUUUGAAAAAAUGCCACAUAAUCAUUUAUUUUUGUAGAUAGGUAACUCGAUAGGUAAUAAAAAUUCUCAAAUAAUAGAAUAGACUUUAAUAAAAAAUAGUUACAGAAGGUUUUGUAUUAAUAUUAAUCAUCAUCCGAUUCAACCAUGUCACCGAGAGUAUAAUCUUCAUCGUUUCGCCCGUUUGUUUGAUGGCCUGCAUUCAACGUCUGUCCUGGAUUCAACGACUUAUAGAAAUCAUGGUGUAUUGGUGGUACAUAUGGUAGAAGCUGCAUCAAGUUAUUGAAUUUUGCUAAUUUUAUUUUUGGAGGACUGUCGUAUAGAGUAGGUAGAAGAAUUUUUGAAGGUCUACCACGUAAGGCAGUUUUUUUAGAAAGAUCCAUUUCUUCAAAAGGAAAAUCACUAUUAGAAAACUUUUUUAUAAAAAAGUUUCAUUGGAUACUUUUUUUUGAAAUGUAGCCAUUGCAUUUUACUUAUUCCUGUAAGAUUUGAUUUCAUGAUGUUGUCCAUGGGAGAUAUAGAUUUAAAAUCCUCCCAUUGAAUUGAAACCCAAAUAAUUGGGUUGAAAUUAACCCAAUCAUCGGGAGUAAAAACGUGAGUUAGCCGUCUCUUUGCUUUUUCAAUAAUGGCAAAAUCUUUUGCAUUUCAUAAAGGAAUGUCCCGAAACCAAAAAACGGUGGUCAACACUUUCAAUAUGUGUAAAUUGCACAAUAUACAUCCAAAAUUUUAUUAUGUUCUUGUUUUGACCACCACAGUUAUCACUGAAUGCAUCGAUGUGGGUCACUGUUUUUGGCAAACUUUCAAUAUACUUCAGCAAACAUGACAUGACUUCUUGAGAACCUUUCGACCCUUCACCUUCAUGCCACAUGUACAUAUUACCAAUUCCGGAUGAUAAAUCGUGGAUUCCUAGAUUGUAAGUCCAUAGCUGGCGCAAAUAAUAUACUUUGCUGCAUGCCAAAUGCGGAGUGGGUAAGGUUUUUUGUAGAUCAAAACAAAUAGCACGUUUUUCUGGACACUGUCUUGCUGAUUCCUUGGCGGCGUUUUUUAAAUUUUUGGCUGCUUCAGCUUGACGUAGAUGACGAUGAUGUUCUCUGGCAACGCGGGAGCCCUCUUCAGAUUCUGGAUCACAAGAAUUUUUCUGAGUAAUAAACGUGUCACACUUUGUACAUGUGUCUGAAUAUGGUCGGUGAAAAGCUAAGUUGAAAUGGGUAUUAAAAAUGUCGCGGUAUUUGCUCAGCUUUAAUGGUCGGGCUUCUUUCUCGUGACAAAAUUCUUUGUAUAGCUUGUACAUUUUUGUUAUAUUUAACUCGGGAGACAAAUACUUGCGAUUCGGAUUGUCUUUUCUAGUAUAAUGACUCACAAAUUUUGGGAAUGAGUUUAUAUGUUGUUUUGCUAAGUUUAAAGACUCAUCGUCUAUUUUAUUGCUAGGGACAUGUCUUCCCCUUUGAUCCGUUUGGACGACUCCAGGCUCCUUCUUUUUUGGAGCAUUAUUUUGUAUGCAUGAUGCAAUAAAGGUGCUCUGUAGAUCCCAUCCAUUAGUUUUGUUUCCAAGAUUCCAAUAAUCAGUAAAAAUUGUGUUUCUAACUUCCUCCGUAAAAUUUUCUGUACACUUGUAUCUGCAUGUAUGGUCAUAAGCCUUAACAGAUCUUACAUGAUAUAGUUCAUGCUUGCGACCAACGUAUUCCUGGCCAUUGUUUCUUUGAAUUUUUGAACAAGUUCUUUUCCAUGUCGCAGUUUUACGAACCCUUUUUCUGGACUUCCCAUUCGCACCUUCAUUCAAGUUUUGCACUUCAGCAUCAUCGCCACCACUGCUACUUGGAACAUAAUCUUCAUCUAUAUCAGAGUUGUCGGAGAAUGGCUCUGAAAAAGAGUCAUUUUAUUAAAAUCUGUUGUAGGUAUUUAAAUAAUAACGAAAAAAAUGCAAUUAUUAUGAUUAUGUUCUUAGUUCCAUAUGAAUUUGUAACGCUAUAAUGAAAAGAAAACUCGAUUUGUAUUAUCAUAACCUUAAAAAAUUGAUAUCAUAAAAUAUGUACCUUCAUUUUUAUUUUAAAUAGACAUUUUUCUUGCUAUAAUAACUACUUACCUCUUUCAUCGUCUGAUGUAAGCAUUUUGAAAUUAAAAAUGCACUUCGAUCACGAUUUUACUACGACAACUGACACUGACAAAAUCGUUAGUAAUCAACAGAAUAUAACAGUUUCCUUGGCUGCAAAUGGAUCCAAGUAUACUUGGACCCGUUUAGCUCUAAACAACUGUUAAGAUAUGGUAAGUAGUAUAUUUUCUUAUUGAUAGAUGGAGCCAUUAAGACUUGUUUUAUGCUUGGAUCUCUUUGCCACCAAGUAAAUGUAUAUCGUGCACUCGGAAGAAGAAGGUGACAUCUCAAAAUUACUCAUUUUUCAGGAGAGGCGUUUAAAGAUGUUGACUUUUUUGAUAUUAUUGUUAUUAUUUUUUAGGUCUUGAUAGGAUGAUAAUUUGUUUAACUUGUGUUACUGAUUUUUUGCCUCUAUUGAAUGGUAAUAUUAAUUUUUUGGUACUGCUCAAGAUUAGGGAGAAUUUGACAGAAGUAACCUUUUUGAAUAUAAAACAGGCAAAGCUUCUUCUUUAUUUCUUAUGGCAAAUAAGGGGUUUUUUGGCAGGCAAUGCUGAAAACUUCAACCAAAUUGAAAAAGAUGUCUGUAUCAAAACAUUAAUUACUUCAAGUAUUAAAACAAAAAGAAAAAAUUGAAUAUUUCACAAGAAUAUUUAAUCUUAGAAACAACAGCAUUGCAAAUUAAACUAUCUGUAUCAGAUAAACAACUAGCAUCUAUUAGAUUUAGUACAACAAAAAACAAGAAACUACUGAGUAUUUCCCAAAAUUAAUAAACCAAAAACCUAGCAUUUAUAGUAAGUAAAUACCUAUAUUACCCAUAAUAAUAAAAGGAACAAAAAACAUUUUCUUAAGUAGGUAACCAAAUUAAAACCUGGAUAAUGGCUUAAAAUUAUCUUUGUCAUAAACACUUAUAACAAGUUUUUUUUAAACUACGUAUAAAAAAAAAGACAAGAAUCCACUGCUAGAAUAAGCAAACUAAAAAAAUAAUUUAAAUGCAGAAUAAACUAGAAACAUUUACAAACGCUCAAAAAAACUCAAAUAAUACAUCGGCACACACUUCUUUUUUUUUAUUAGGUCUAUCAGGCCAUUCUUUUUAGUAUCUGAGAUACCAACUUUUGUUUUGUAAGCUGGCUGAAGAUUAAUAACUUGCUUUGGUUCUUGGCUUCUACGAUUUUUAAUAUUAAUUUGAACUUGUCUAAAUUCUUCAUCGUAUGACGUCUUGUAGGACAAAGUUUCCAAAUUAUUCUUAUCUAAUUCAAAAACUUUAACAUCAGAAAAUCGAAAAUUUUUUGGGAAAUUGAUUUGCAGGUCGGACGCCAAAGCUUUAAAAUCUUUAACAUCUUGAUGGCAUAUUUCGUGUACAUUGUAUGGGGUGCCAGUUUUUUUAGCUCUGCGUAUGACAUGCAUACUGGUCGGGAACAUAAAUUGAAUUGGAUUUCUUAUAUCUUUUAAUUUCUCUGUCUAUAGUCGCAUGAACACUAUCCCCUUCAUUUUGAGAGUGUCCGGUUAUCAAAAACUUAUGUGUAAUGGUUUUUAUAUUAAAUGAUUUUAUUGCAAACAGGUAACUAGCCAGGACAAACUGAUUUUUGUUUUGGCCAGCGCAAUUAUCUGAGUAGAGGAUUAUUUUCAAUCCAUCUCCGGUAUCAGUAGUCUCACACAUUUUUUGAAAGAAAUCAAAAAUGCAAUUACCGAUUUCGUUCGCUCGCCUACGGGCUUCUGCUUCAUGCCAUAGAUAGCAGGUUCCUUCAUUACUCUUUAGGUCGUACAAAGUGAAAUUGAACACAUUUAGUUUGGAAACAUAAUAGAAGGAGGAUGCUUCUCCAACAGGACAUGGUAGUAUUGCUUGCAUAUCAUACUCCAUAACUUUUGUGAAUGGAUCUGCAUUAUUCUUAUCUGCGUCUUUCUCGAUUCUACUCAAAUCCUUCUCUCUUAUGUGUGUUUCAUAUGUUUCUUGCAUAGCUUGUUUCUCUUCUUCACUACCAUUGCUGUAUUGCAAACACAAUUCGCACUGAUCCCUUUUAGGUAAAUGGAAUGCAAUAUUAAACUCCUGAUUAAAGAUCUUGCAGUACAUUAAGUAGUUUGCAGCUGGUUUCUUUUGCUCUUCACAUAUUUUCUGGUAGUCGCGAUGAAGAUCUGCCAUUGUUCGACUUCCCUCUAUAUACUCCUUUUUUGUAUGAGAACGACAAUAGUGGCUCUCAAUACGUGGUCUGGACCGUAUGUGAUCUCUUAUAUCGUUCUUAAUAUUCUCAUCAACUUUAUAAUGAUUUUCAUGCUUCCCUCGUCUGUCGAACUGUCACAGUGUUUUCGUUUCUUGAUCACAGUUUCAAUCACUUUAUUAUUAAUGUCUAGUGUUGAGAUGAAAAAACGUUUACACACCCUCAUAUUUAUGUUAUCUACAAUAAAAUAAUAUGCAUUAUUUGGUUUCUGUGGGUUUUCUACAUUACUGUAUUUAUAUUUUGGCUUAAUGGUUUGCAGAUUUGAAGAAAUAAACUCUCUUUUCUGUUCAACAGUCUGCAACUUCCAAUAAUCUUCAAAUAUUUUCAGCCUACUAUUCUCAGGUAUUUUCUCGAAACAUUUUAAUCUACAUUUAUUAUCACAUGGGGGCUUGAGUGAUCUAGCUGGGCGUUCUUUUUCUAUUUUUUCUUUGGUACCAUCUUCUCUUCUUAUAAUACUUGAAUAACUGUAGCUUUCACCUGCAUUUCUUAAUUUUUUGCUUACUUUCUUUUGCCAUAGUUCAGGAUUAAAUUUUCUUUUUUUAGCGGUUUUUUCAACUAAAGUAGGAUUUUUCACUUUUCUUUUCCUGUUUGCUCAACAGAUACUUCAUUUUCAAUAUCUGACUCGCCUUCUAAUUGGUAUGUAGGAUCACCUACGCUGUCAUCGCUUCCAAAAGGAUCUGACUUGGACGAAGAACUGGAUGACGACGAUGUACUAGACGAGGAUGAUGAGUUACUCGAUGAUGAUGUUGAACGCUUACGACUUCCAUUCUGUGGUAUGGUAUUUUGUAAUAUUUCAGUACUGGAUUCACCAGCGACACUAGUGACAUGGUUAUUCGAGAUGCCUCUAUCAAAUUCUUGAAAUUCAGAGGAAUAGUUUCCUAAAAAAUAUGAUCAGAUAGUUAAAAACAUAAAUUAUAGUUAGGGUGAAAAGAAAAAACUUGAAGUCUCCCUCCACUAUUUAUUUAAAUUCCUAAUCACAGAUUAAGAAGUGCGCAACAUGUUUCAAAUGUAGAUACAUUCAUCUUCAGGGGCCAGCAAAGGAAAGAGUUUACAGUCACGCACGACUGCUCACAUGUAGCAGCCAAGGGCUUAAGAAACUUGUGUAAAGAAAUUCAUCAUGGAUAUACUUCAGCAGGUUAUUAGAAAUUUAGUAGGGAGGAUUUUUUUUUGUUAAAACAUGUGAAGUAAAAGUUAAAGUUAAGACAGUUUAAAAGUUUUGGACGUUACAUGUAAGAGAAGACCUCAAUUACAUUUACAUGUAACGUCCAGAACUUUUAAACUGUAACUUUAACUUCCACUUCACAAUGUUUCAAUAAAAAAAAAUGUCUCCCUACUAAAUUUCUAAUAACCUGCUGAAGUAUAUCCAUGAUGAAUUUCUUUACACAAGUUUCUUAAGCCCUUGGCUUGACAAAACAGAAAAAAACUUAACGUAGUUUGUUUAUCUGUAACCAGCUUGUAAAUAAGACAGUAAUAUUUGUAAAUGAUAUGUAAGAAACGGUUUAAAAUUUAUUGAAAAGAAAGUUACAAAACAUAAAAACAUCAUUCAUAAUAGUUUGUAGAAAAGGGUUAUAAUUAGAUAUAUCACUUUAUUGCAUGAACAUUUUCUAAAAAUUAAAGUAAUAUUUCGGCUUGUCACCUUAUUGAAUAUAAAUAAAUCCAUGAAAUAUUACUUACCUAAGCAUACAGAGAGUUAUAUAUCUAAAUGUAUCACUUUUUGUAAACAACAAAUAUCUUUGGUCAUGAGACAACUCGAAAUAUCACCUUUAUUCAGAAAAUUCGCGAUGCACUCUCCUCGAAAGGCCCAGUUAAACUGAGAUAUCACCAUCUUCUCAAUACGUUCUGCGUGCAAAUGCCGAAUUCGGUAAAGAGACAACACGCCAUCUCUCGGUCAGUGAGUAUAGCUCACGUGUAACUCUUUUUCCCAUGAAAUAAUACAAUUAUUUUAAAUCGUUUUCUGUAAACAACUCAAUUUGGCCAAAUUUUGAGAUGUCACCUUCUUCUUCCGGAUGCACGAUAUAUUAAGUUUUGAUUUCUGCACUUAACUCGAUAUUGAAAAAAACUCGACUUGGACCCCUUGGCUUCUGACCCUUUCAUUUAAUGUUUCGAAAUCCCCAACAGUCUUAGUCUAUUGCCAUUAGACAUUAUUGGUGUAGGCUAGUUUUAAAGACUUCCUUUCACUUCAAAUUCAAAAUAACUUUUAAGAAAAUAUUAUCUUUUUUUUUAUCUUGAACCCUGAUAAGGAUGCAGAAAGAUACCGAAACGCAGGCAAUAAAAAAACCACUCUCAAAACCGCUAUUUGCUAAAAAAGAUGCCCAUAGUUUUAUUACCCAAAGAAGGAAUAUGAAAAAAUCUAAGGAUAAAAAACUAUGGACAGCAGUUCAUAUUUUAACUCUUGAUUUAACCUUAAGGCAUGUAUAAGAAAUAACUGAAAUCUUCACAAAAUCAAAAAAAACUAUGAUUGCCCUAGUGCCCUUCAAAACUUAAUAAAUAGAAAAUUUUAGUAUUCAAGUGCUUGGAAAGAAAAGGAACAUCUAAGCAUAUAUAAACUGAAUUAUGUAAUUUUAGUAUAGUCGAAUAAAACAAACAUUUUAAGAGAAAUAUUCCUGUGCCUUAAAUUAAAAACUAAACUUUGCGCCAUUGCUUAAGUAUACCCCGUAGUGCUUGCCAAAGUCCGGCAAUGUGUAUUAAUGGUGCUUUAGAAUCUCUUUGCAAUCGUGAAUGUUUCACCUCUUAGUAACCUAACAAGUAUUAAAAUAAGUAAGAUAUAAAAAAAUUAGGUGCUUUAACAAUGUAUGGUAUUGAAUAGCAUACAAAUACGUAUACACCAUAUAUUUAAGCUUAAAAGUUAUUGUACUAAUUUAUUACUGUGAUAAACGUUAAGUAAUUUGUAUAUAAAGUUGAUUUUUUGAAUAAUGUCAUAUUUUUUUAAAGAUAAGGUUAAUAAUUGGGUUUUGAUUUAUUAUUGUAAAACAAUGGAUUCAGUAGAUUUAAUGACUUGACAUUGGAUUUAAUCAUCAUGUACACGGGUGAUCUUGGAACGCCCUGUACAUUUUUUUAAAAUAAUAAAACAUUGGAGCAAUAAUAUAAUCUGGUAUCUUGCCUUAAAGAUAAGUUCAGACGUAUUUGCAUUAAAAUUAUAUUAUAUAGUGCGACACGGCUUGUUGUUUAUUUUGGUUUGUAAAGUUCAAAUUUGUUUGCUCAAAGCGAAUUUGCUACACCAUUGGCGUCGAGUAACGUUAAUUAUAGUCACCGUUAAUUUCGAUUAAUAGCUAACCGUAACAUUCCUUUAUGUUUUCUAUUAUAAUAGUAUUAUUAUUUUGAUAUUUUUUUCUAUAUAAUUGAAUUAAUUUUGUAUAAAUUUAUUGGAAAAAAUAAGAUUAUUUUUUAUUUGGAAA